AUGGGCUGCUGGGAUUUCUUCUGGGAAUUCUGGAACUAUGAGACCUCUAAAGUGAUUGUCGUGAAGAAUCGGCAAUUGGGAGUGAUCUAUAGACUGGUCCAGCUGCUUAUCCUCGUCUAUUUUAUUUGGUAUGUGUUCAUUAUCCAGAAGGGCUACCAGGAGAGCGAGUCGGGUCCCGAGAGCUCCGUCAUCACCAAGGUGAAGGGAGUCACCCGCUCACAACAUAAGGUUUGGGAUGUGGAGGAGUACGUGAAGCCACCAGAGGGAGGGAGUGUAUUCAGUAUCAUCACCCGUGUCCAAGUCACCCCUUCACAGACCCAGAAGACCUGCCCUGAGAGCACAAAGGUCCGCAGUGCCAUGUGCCACUCUGAUAGUGACUGUGUCAUGGGUGAGAUGGACAUGCUGGGGAAUGGAGAGAAGACGGGUCGUUGUGUCCAUGCCAAUAAGACCUGUGAGAUCAUGGCCUGGUGCCCAGUGGAGAAUGGAGCAGCUGCCAGUGAGGAGCUGGGGAAGAUGGCGCCAGAGUUCACCAUCCUCAUCAAGAAUAACAUUCAUUUUCCUCGCUUCCGCUUUUCCAAAGGGAACAUCAAGGAAAACAAAGAUGGCUACCUGAGAAACUGCACCUUUAAUGAGACCACGGACCUCUACUGCCCCAUCUUCAAGUUGGGUUUCAUCGUGGAGCAGGCAGGCGAGAACUUCACUGAACUGGCUGAAACGGGUGGUGUGAUCGGAGUUAUCAUCAACUGGAAUUGUAACCUGGACCUGCCAGAUUCAAUGUGCAAUCCUCGAUACUCCUUCCGAAGGCUUGACCCCAAGUGGGCUCAGGCGUCCUCUGGCUACAAUUACAGGUUUGCCAAGUACUAUCAGUGCAGCGGGAAGAGCACUCGCACUUUGAUCAAGGCCUAUGGGAUCCGCAUUGAUGUGAUCGUGCACGGGCAGGCAGGCAAGUUCAGUCUUAUUCCUACCAUCAUUAACUUGGCCACAGCCCUGACAUCAGUGGGAGUGGGUUCCUUCCUCUGCGACUGGAUUUUAUUGACCUUCAUGAACAAGAACGAGGUCUACAGCACUCGAAAGUUCGACCAGAUGUCCAAGUGUCCAAAGAUGACCCCAACCACGGAAUUCAGCACGAGCACUUCCUGCACCCUGGACUCCUCGCUUGCGGAUUCCAAGGCUCCCAUCCACCUCUGA